AUGUCUCAUCAACAAGGAACACAACUCAACCAACAACAACUACAAUUUCUAUAUCAACAACAACAACAACAGCAACAACAACAACAGAAUGCACUGAGACAGCAGCAACUACUGCAACAACAACAACAGCAACAGCAGCAGCAGCAGCAACAAAAUGGAGGUCAGCAACAACCACAGAUACCUGCAGGUCAACAACAAUACAAACAACCUGCUUCUGCUGCUGCUCAACCCGUGAAUAAUAAUAUUAAUAUGACAUCCCCACCCAAUACAAACACAAACACCAAUACAAUACAACCUACUUCUACGAUGACGACUACUAAUACUAAUACAAAUGUAUCAACACCAACUUCUUCUACUUCUACUUCUUCUUCAUCAUCAUCAAUGACACCACAAUUCCCACAACCUCAAAUAACAACAUACGAUAAACCAAUAUUACUACAAAAGGAGAUACUUGAACUAUACGAUAUCAUUCUUGGUCAGAUUAGUAGUGUUAGAUGUGGAACUGAUGAAAUCUUUCAGGCUAUUAUGAGUGAUGUAAGAGGUCCGUCACUCAGAUAUCCUUUGUCUGAUCAACCAACAAUGCAUCCCCAAAUCGAUCGUGACAAGAAAAAGAUUGCCAUCCAACAGGCAAUGAAGUGUAUUCUGCGAUCACUCGCCAUCAUCGAUACCCUUUCACAAAAGGUUGUCAAAUACACUUCACCAGUGACUGCACAACACAGUCACAUAUUUGAAUUUACAUGGUCGAUGAACAAAUGUGCAUACGAACCAUCGAUACUAAGAACACAAUCAUUACUCAAAUCAGAGUAUCUCUGGAGAGAAGAAUCUGCUAGAAAAUCUUUAACUGCUAUACAAUUAUUGGAAAAGAAAGUACCAAAAUUAAAAGAAAUGAUUAAUUCUGCAUCACAACAAUCUUUUACUUCUACUUCUUCAUCUUCUUCAUCUUCUUCAUCAUCAGCUAUUGUUCCAACAUCGGUAACAUCACCAAUAUCAAGAAAAAGAAAAGAUUAUCAAAAUGAUCAAGUAUCACCAACAACAGCAGCGGCAACAACAUCACCUAAAAAAUCAAUACUAGAUAGUUAUAGUAGUCUCGAGUCUAUUAUUCAAUCGAUUCGACAAGAAGCACCAUUGGAAAUUGUAAAGAUUCAAUCCAAUACACAAAUGAAAGGAUUGUUUGUCAUUCUAAGUGAUGUACUUAAAUGUCUCAUUUCAUUCAACAUGGCUGAAGAAUCUAGAGAUCAUUUUAGAAUAGAUAAAAUAUCAUUUUUUGGUAUUAAUGAAAGUUUUGAUUCAUUUUGGGGAUCAUCAAAAUAUAAUAUAUUUAAAAAAUUAUCAGAGAAUGCAUACGAAGCAAUUAGUUAUUUUACAAGUAAUCAUAAUAAUCAAUCAAUUUUAAAAAAUAUUCUUAGCUGGAUAUGGUCAUUUAGAGGUUUAUUUGUAGAGGAAUGUAGAGGAUGUCAAUGUAUAUUACAAUUAGAUUCAUCAAAUUAUAUGUUUUUACCUCCUUCAUUUAGAACUUUUGAUAAUUACAUACCAUAUCAUCCAGUUUGUUAUUAUACUGCUCAUCCCCCAACACCUUCAACUGCUUUAUCAUCUUCAACUACAUCAACUCCACCUUUGACACUAUAA